CUCAAUCGUCCCUCUCGCAUUCUCUCUCGCAUCUUCUUCUCGCCCUCGUCUUCUUCUUUCGUGGUCACACAUUCUUGCAUCCUUUCUGUAUAUCUGUUUUAGACCGGAUCUUACGCCAUGGUCCUUCAGGAUCUUGGGCGGCGAAUCAACGCCGCCGUCAAUGACUUGACCAGGUCUAACAAUCUCGAUGAGAAGGCUUUCGAUGACAUGCUGAAGGAGAUCUGCGCGGCUCUUCUGUCAGCCGACGUCAACGUCCGCUUGGUCCAAACCCUCCGGAAAUCGAUCAAAUCCAGCGUGGAUUUCUCUUCGUUGCCCUCCGCCGUCAAUAAGAAACGCCUGAUCCAGAAAACCGUCUUCGAUGAACUGGUUGCAUUGGUUGAUCCGCACGCGGAGCCCUUCCGCCCCAAGAAGGGUCGGUCCAACGUGAUUAUGUUCGUGGGUUUGCAGGGUGCGGGCAAGACCACUACCUGUACUAAAUUGGCCCGUCACUAUCAAAUGCGAGGAUUCAAGACCGCCCUGGUCUGCGCCGAUACCUUCCGAGCGGGUGCUUUCGAUCAACUGAAGCAGAAUGCAACCAAAGCCAAGAUCCCCUACUAUGGAAGCCUGACCCAAACCGACCCCGCCGUGGUGGCGGCCGAGGGUGUCGCCAAAUUCAAGAAGGAGCGCUUCGAGGUUAUCAUCGUUGAUACCAGUGGUCGUCACAGGCAAGAAGAGGAACUGUUCACCGAAAUGACCCAAAUCCAGACCGCGGUGACCCCCGACCAGACCAUCCUGGUUCUCGACAGCACGAUCGGUCAAGCCGCCGAGGCCCAAUCGGCCGCCUUCAAAGCAACCGCGGAUUUCGGAGCGAUCAUUAUCACCAAGACAGACGGUCAUGCUGCUGGAGGUGGUGCCAUCUCCGCUGUCGCAGCCACGAACACACCGAUCAUCUACCUCGGUACUGGUGAGCACCUGAUGGAUUUGGAGCGCUUCGAGCCGAAGGCCUUCAUUCAGAAGCUUCUGGGAAUGGGUGACAUGGCAGGGCUGGUUGAGCACGUCCAGGCUGUCACCAAGGAUUCGGCUUCCGCCAAGGAGACCUACAAGCACAUCUCGGAAGGAAUCUACACGCUUCGCGACUUCCGCGAAAACAUCACGUCUAUCAUGAAGAUGGGUCCCUUAUCUAAGCUGUCCGGCAUGAUUCCCGGUCUGUCCAACCUUACCGCAGGUCUGGAUGACGAAGACGGUUCGCUCAAGCUUCGACGGAUGAUCUACAUCUUCGACAGCAUGACCACAAAGGAACUCGACGGCGACGGCAAGGUCUUUGUGGAAAAGCCCAGUCGCAUGGUACGUAUCGCCUGUGGUAGCGGCACGUCCGUGCGCGAGGUCGAGGACCUCCUUUCGCAGCACCGCAUGAUGGCCGGCAUGGCGAAGCGCGUCGGCGGUCAGAAGAAGCAGAUGCAGCGUGCCCAGAACAUGCUUAAGGGCGGGAACAAGGAGCAGCAGUUGGCUGCGAUGCAGAAACGCAUGGCCGCCAUGGGCGGUCCCGGUGGCGGCGGCGGCGGGUUUCCCGGGAUGCCUGGCAUGGGCGAUAUGUCCAAGAUGAUGCAGAUGCUUCAGGGACAAGGUGGCGGUGGUGGAGGGAUGCCUGGUCUGGGAGGCAUGGAUCUUCAAAGCAUGAUGAGCCAGAUGAGUGGACUGAUGGGCGGCGGCGGCGGCGGAGGUCGCGGCAGAGGACGAUGAUUUUUUCCUCUCGUUCUUUUCUCGGAUGCUGUUUCUACCUUCUAUGCUCUGUCUUAUUUGAUGAUGCCGCCUCAUGGGCCACGGUCUGUCUCUUCUAGCAUGUGGAUGGCGUUGGGUAUGCGUUGAUCUUCUUUCUUCUUUUUUCUUUCUUUAUUUUGUCUUACAAUUGGGCUACCUUACACAAAUUCUUACAUUCCUGUGAUUAAUUAUCUCUUUUUUCUCCCUGCCUGCUUACCUUGGAUUGUAUAUUGAAAGGAAACAAAACGAAGAGAUGAAUGUCUAUUGCAGUUUACUCGGGAGGAAUAAUUUGGUAAUUCAUGAUAUUAAGAAUGCU